AUGUCGAGUGACCCUGGGGCAGAGCCUGAUGCUGAGGAUGCAGCCGAGGCUGAAGAGGGUGUCUAUGAGGAGGUGAUGCCCUGUGACAGGAUGGAGCUGAGCCAGCGGCUGGCUGUGGAGGAGCUCAUCACCACUGAGGCCAGCUAUGUCCACAACCUCCAGCUCUGCAUGUCGGACAUCCGAGCACACCUCCAGAAGAAGCAGCUGCCUGACCUUGACCUGGAAGGACUCUUCUCUAACACUGAUGACAUCCUGCACAUGUCCAGACGGUUUCUGAAGGGUCUUGAGGACACAACCACGGCCACCAAUGAGCACGAGCAGCUGUUCUGCAUCAGCACACUGUUCCAGGAGUUCAAGGAGGAGAUGGAGACCACAUACAAGAUCUACUGUGCCAGCUAUGAGCAUGCCCUCCUGCUGGUGGAGAGCUACCGCAAGGACCCCAGGCUGCAGGAGGAGAUCCUGGACACUCUGAAUGUAACAGUGCCUCACACGGGUGCAUCGGACCUCAGCUUCUUCCUGGUGAUGCCAGUGCAGAGGGUCACCAAAUACCCGCUGCUGCUGGGGAAGAUCCUCGAGAACACCCCCCCCAACACCAGCGUGUACUCGGCGCUGGAGGCAGCCGUCUGUGCCAUGGCCCAGGUGAACACCAACAUCAAUGAGUACAAGCGGCGCAAGGAAGUGGCAACCAAAUACACCAAGGCCGAGCACCUGACGCUGCGGGACCGCUUCGCACGCCUCAACACGCACUCCAUCGCCAAGAAGACCUCUCGGCUGAGCCGGCUCUUCAUGCACGAGGCCGGCAUCGUGGCCAAGACUCAGGACAAGGAGUAUGAUGACCUGGAAGAGAAGUUCCAGUGUGUGGUGUCCAUCGUGACCACACUGAAGGAGAAUGUGGCAUCCUACCUGGGUCAUUUAGAGGCGUUCCUGUUGCCCACCCCACACCAGCACGACCUGGAGCUCACCGAGGGACCUCCGCAGCAGUACCGCCACUUUGCACAACACCUCCAUUGCACUGCUCUGCCAGAGUUUAAGCAGCGUCUGGACAAGCUGGUGUGCCAGCCCCUGGGCAGCCUCUCAGACAUGCUGGUGGGGCCGCAGCAGCUGGUGAAGAAGCGCCUGGACAAGCUGCUGGACUAUGAGGAGAUCCAGGAGCGGAGGAGCGAGAUGGGCAGUGUGACGUACGAGGAGGAGGCUGCCAUGAACACCUACCUCGCCAUCAACGCACUGCUCGUGGCUGAGCUGCCAACGUUCAACCAGGCUGCCCUGCAGCUCGUGGGGCAGAUCCUGCGCUCCCUCAGUGCCCUGCAGGGGGACUUGGCUGCCGAGGUCCUGCACCAGGCAGAAAAGGAGCUGGAGCAGAUGCCCCAUGGCCGCAUGCCCCUGCCCAGUUUCUGGAAGAUGGUGGAGGACGCCCUGCAGCAGUCUGGUGCUCAGCUUCAUGCUUUCCAACAGGCGUUUGACACGGUCACACCGAGCCCUGUGGUGCAGCCUCUGAACCCUGCUGAGGAGCGGAAGGUCCUUUCCCUUGUGAGCAAGCAUGGCCCAGACAAGCUCUACCAAGUGACAAGCAACAUCAGUGGCAGUAGAGACUUGGACCUGACCUUGCAAAGAGGGCAGGUUGUGGCUCUGCUGCAGAGUGUGGACACCAAGGGGAACACAAACAGAUGGCUGGUGGAUGCUGGAGGUCCCCGAGGGUUUGUGCCUGCUGGAAAGCUCCAGCCCUACUGCCCGACACAAAGCCAGCAGCCCGGGAUGGAGCUGCUGACUCUGGAGAGCGGCACAGAGAAAAGGAGACAUUCGUAUGCAUCACCUGCAGCUCCCAGGCCACAGGUGCCCACCUUCACCCCAACCCACCAGGUGGUUGCUGGCUUCUCCUUCGCAGCCAGGAGCCCACAGGAGGUGACCCUCCAGGCAGGGCAGCCCGUGGUGGUGCUGGAGCCGCACGACAAGAAGGGGAACAAGGAGUGGAGCCUGGUGGAGGUGAAUGGCCAGAGGGGCUACGUGCCCUCCAGCUACCUGGUGACCGUCCCCGUGCAGGAGCCCAUGGGCUGGAGCUUGCCUGUGUGAGCACCCAAGGGCAUGGGCUUCACUGGAUGAGAGCAGUCUGCCUGGCCCCUGAGGACUCGUCGAGGGACGCGCUGGAGCGGGGUGACCCUGAGCUGGGAGGAUGGUGGGAAGGAGCUGGCAGAAUAGGGCCCAGGGGACACAGGUGUGAGGGAUGGCAGCUGGGAGGCACUUUGUGAUGUGUAGGGGUGAGGGGGCCGUGUCCCAAGUGUGUUUGCACAAAGGGAAGCAGCACGAGGGAGUGAGGGCAGGUGGCUGCUGUUUACCAAGGGUUUGCUGGAAUCCGUGUCAGUGACAGGCCCCUUGGGAAGAAGAGACAACAUUGUCCUUGUCCCCAGAUAGGGCAGGAUGGAGCUGUAAAGGGUGCAGUGCUGCAGAGGGGCCUUCAGCCCAGUGGGGAGCAACUGAGGCUCUGGGAAAGGGGCUCCUGUGGCAGUGCUGGUGUGAGCGCAGAGACUGAGGUGGAGCAGCCCUAGAGACACAGCUCCUGCUCUUCACCAAGCUCUGCUCCUGCCUGGGUGCCCACCCCAAUGUGUCACAGUGGUCCCUUUGUCAGCACAGCCUUCACAUCCUGCUAUGAAGGGCACAGCAACGCCAGCCUGUGCCCAGCUGCACUGCCAGUGGUGGGAAGGUGACAGGCUGGGUCCCCCCAAGCCCUCCUGGCCACCAAGCAUCACUCAUGGCCUUGGUUUCCCACCACAGCCCCACUUGGAGCACUGUGUACAGUUGUGAUGUCCCCAAUGUAAGAAACACAUGGAGCUGCUGGAGCAAGUCCAGAGGAGAGCCAUGAGGAUGUCAGGGACUGCAGCACCUCCUGUAUGAAGACAGGCUGAGAAAGUUGGGGCUGUUCAGCCUGGAGAAGAGAAGGCUGCAUGGAGAGCUCAUAGCAGCCUUCCAGUAUCUGAAGGGGGCUACAAGGAUGCCAGAGAAGGACCCUUCAUCUGAACUGUAGCGAUAGGACAAAGAGUGAUGGGUUCAAACUUAAACGGGAGACUGAGGUUAGCUGUAAGGAAGUUAUUCCCCGUGAGGGUGCUGAGGCACUGGCACAGGGUGCCCAGAGAAGCUGUGGCUGCCCCAGCCCUGACAGUGUUCAAGGCCAGGCUGGAUGGGGCUUGGAGCAACCUGCUCUGGUGGAAGGUGUCCCUGCCUGUGGCAGGGGGUUGGGACUGGAUGAUCUUAAGGCUCUUUCCAGCCCAAACCAUUCUAUGAUGCUGCCGACUGAUUUGAGAGGCGCUUUGAGCAGUGGUGAUGAGAAGCGCUCCGUGCACCCCAGAUGCUGCUCGGUGACUGAUGCGCUGACACUGCAACAUCUCAGACCGUGGCUCUGCCGCACGGGGUUCGGGGCUCGGGCCUCGGCUGGGGACCGGUUGUGUGCCCGCACGGCCGCCAGGUGGCAGCACCGCUCACCCCCGGGGCCAGCGGAGGGGUUUGUGCGCUGCGCUCCUGCGGCUCUGGGGCUGUGCGCACCAGCGGAGUGACACGGGCCGUGUGGAGCAGCAUGGGCACUGCGAGAGGCUUCUGGGAGAACCAGCUUGUGUCAGUUCCUGAGCUAAGGCUCGGUGUGGGGAUGCAGGCAGCACCGCCUCCCACACUGCCUUAGGCGUCACAGCUCUGUGCCUCUGUUUCCCUAUGGCUCUCGCUGAUGCUGUGCUGUUACACGAUGCUGAUGGGGCUCAGGGCAGUGAGCUAUGUCUACGGUAGUGCUGACACGGUGUCAGAGGGAAAUUCGGGAGCUCCUUGUUGCAACUGUGCAGUCAGGGUGCCGUACUGCCCACCUCUCACUGCCCCCGGGCACUGGGGCAAGGAGGCACAGCUGGUGCAGCAGCCUGGCAUUGUCCUGCUGCCCUUGGGCUCCUAUGGAUUCCUGCAUCACAGGUGCCAUGGCCCGGCUGGCGAGUGCUGGCACGCCGGCUCCUGAGACCUUCCCACAAGGAAGCAGCAUGCCUGCUGCCCACGGGCCCUGUCCAUCAGCAGGGUGGCUGUGCUGGGGCUGCUGGAGCUCCAUGUCCUUGCCUGAGCUUGCACUGUGUGGGGAGGGGUAGGGUGGGUGCCAGGCAGGUAGGGACAGGCCCCUGGUGCUGCUCUGCUCUUGUUGUGCACCCCACAUGUGGGUCCAGGUGCCUGCUUUGGGCAGAGCUGCCUGUGGGGCUCACCCUCCUGCUGUGUCCUGGGGCUUUAUCUGCUGCCAGUUUGGUGCCUCUGCCCAGCUGGCAGCAAAGCCCCCAGCAAAUGUUCACCCAUGGUAAAUGUGGGAGGGGGCAGCAGUGCUGGAGCAGGGACAUUGCCUGGGAUGCUCCCAGCCUGGAUGGGCUCCUCGGGACAGGAAGACAGGCUGUGGGGAUGCAGGUGGCUGCGCAGGGGCUGUGUUUCUGAGGGUUGCACCUCCAGCUUGCUGUUGAUGGGUCCUGCAGGCUUUUCUGUUCCUGAUCAACCCACAUCAGGUCAGAUUUCCCCCCAGGUCACCUUCCUGCCUGCAUAGUGCAGGUGCAACCAUCCCUGCACCGGUGCAGAAGGCAGCAGCUGGAGCAGGUUCCGCUCCCCAGCUGCAGAUACCAGGGACCCUUCAGAGGGUGGAAGGUGACAAUGGGACAAGGAGAUCUGAGAAACUGCUGCUGCCUGAGCCCUGAUCUGCCUGCACGGAGCAGGCAGGGAGCAGGCAGGAAUGACAGGUGACUUAUAAAACCGGUUGUGUGCUCUCUAUCCCGCUCAUCAGGGCUCUGGAUUUCAUGUGUUCUGGAACAGCAGCUCCCUUUUCCCUCCCUGCAGACAUGAUCAGUGCUGCCAGUGUGGCCAGAAGGAGGUCUUUGCCCUGCCUGCAGCAGGCACGGGGGGUACAGGCUAUAGUGAGGUGUCUCAGACCCCCACUCCUCUCCUGGGACAGGCUCUACCUGACACACGUCCAUCUGCCAGCGCUUGCAGGGGCUGACAGGCAUGAAGGGCAGGGUGGGAACAGCCCAUGCACAUCCACCAGGAGAUGGAUGGGAGCCACACACCAGGCUCUGCAGGAGGUGGCAGCACACUGGGACACGCUGCUUGUGUCAGGCUCCGGCCGGCUGCCCAGCGCUAGAUAACGUGGUUGUGCUCCAAGCUGGGUGCAGCCGAGGUGCCAAGAGGCUCUGUAGUGCAGUGAUGAGCCCAGCAGUGGUGGCACUGGUGUCCUGCCUACCAUGGGGUCCCCACUAGGAAGAGGGAAAUGAGCUCAUGUGGCUCCUUUAGUCUUUGGACCUGAAGGGAUGAGCUGGCCUCUGCUGUACCCACUGGUCCUGCUGCUGACCUCGAUGGUCGUGGGUCCUUCUCCUGGGGUAAAACCUCAGGACAUGGCCUAGUGCUUGGCUGCAGGACUUGGAAUGUCGAUAUCCCUCACUUCUCCCAUGAUUUCACCCAAUCCUGUUGCACCCACUGCUGCCCCACGCCUGGAAGUGCCUUCUUACCAGAGGGUAUGGGGCUCUUCCAGCCUAAACACGAGGGGGAUAAAGGGCACGAGUGUGCCUUUAAAUAGCUGGUGAGGACAGGCUCUCCCUGGAGGAAUGCUCUGGCUGGCCUGGUGGAACAUGCCUGUGGCCGGGGGCACGGGGGGACAGCCGGGCAGGGAUGGCUCCUUGCCAGCAGGUCAGGUCAAGGUGAGGUGUCAGGUGCCGCUGUACCGUGGCUUGGCAUGGGAGCGGAGCCGUGCGGGGGGUGGGAAUGCAUCCCAUGCUGAGGGCAUGGCAUGGCUGGGGCUGGUCUGUAGGGUGGGAGCAGAGCCAGGUGCUGCUGCCUGCACCCUGCCCAUCGACCUGCCCAUGGCCUGGCGAUGGCACAGCCUGGCUCCAGGAGCAGUGUGCCAGCAGCUCGGGUUGUCCAGGAGCGGCUCCUGCACUCCUGUCCCGGUGAUUCAUAUCCUGGACAUCAGGCACUUGGAUAGCAUCCACCUGCGGGUGUGAUAGAGCACGGCCGUGUCCCUGCGGUGCAGGGUGCCAGCCUGGCUGCGUGCGGAGAGCAGGAAGGUGGCAGCUCACACCCGGCUCUCCCCUGCCCUGCUGGGCAUGCUGGUCUGCAGGGACACGGCACCAGCCGUGGGCAGGGUGUGGAGCUGCAGAGCACAUCUCCAGAUAGACACACGUGGAUUGUGGGAGGAUGGAUGUGCUCUGGUGUCAGUGUGCCCAUUGGCUCUGCUGGGGCACCCAGGGCUGAGAGGAAUGUGCAAGAGAAGCUGCAAACCCAGAUCCCCUAUGCCCUCACUGCAGGGUGCCAGAAGGGGAAUAGGGAUGCAGCAGGGAUGCAGAGCGCAGGGAAGGAGGGGAUCGGGGACCCCAGCAGGAGCUGAAGGGCUCUGCCAGCCGAACAGACCUGUGCUUGCAGGCACGGUGCUCCAGUUCAACACCACUGUUCGCAAGAACCCGACCGUGCGUGUGAACAGCAUGGCCCAUGAGGAGCAGCCCUCGGCAGCCUGCCCUGCUCACUGUGCUGCCAGCCGUGAUCAGCGUGGUGCUGCAUGGCCUGAAGCAGGGCUGAGCCCCACUGAGAGCAGCCCUGGGGCUGCAGAGCAGACGCAGCAGUGUGAGCAGCAGUGCUCGCUCCAGGCUUGUGCAGCCGGCACCUGAAUUGUCUAAUAAAGUGUGAAAUUGCUUUCA